GGUAAUUGAUUCCCUUCGAUUCUAUUCUUGAUUACGUUGCGAUCUCCAAAGAAAGGAACAUCACUGAAGAAAUAUGGAUGAUUUCGGCAAGGAUCACACUUCAUCAACAUCAAUCGAACCCAAUUCUCUAUUCCAAGGAAACGAUGUGAAGAAAUUAAGUGCAGAAAUGGAAUUCAAGUUGAAAAUGGCCCAUCAGAAACGAUUGGCCAUUAAACAUUUUAUGACUACCACGACAUCAUCAGCUUCUAAAAAUCAUGUUCCGAAAAAGGAAAAAAUGACGGAAAGAAACAAAAUCCAAACCCUAGAUGUCGAAAGACAACGCUGUUUACCAAGAUCGUUUAGUUUCGAUUCCAAGGAUUCAAGAAUGGGCGUUGAUCCCCAUGAUGAUAUGAAGACACCGUUGAAGCCUUAUGACCCCAUCAAGAAUUAUCUUUCCCCAAGGCCUAGGUACUUGAAGUUCAACCCAGAUAGGCAUCGUGAAAUAUCUGCUCGUCAAAAAAAUGUAUCUAGGGUUAGAAGAAGUGCCUCUUAUGAUGAUACUGGAAUGCGUUUUCCCACAGAAAAGUUAGAGUCGAGUGUUUCUUCUGAAGAAGACUCUGUUGAAGAAGAAACUGGCAUAAUUGCUCCUGAACAUGAACAUGAAGAAGAAAAGGAAAAGGAAGGUGUAUUUGAUGAAUUUGAGGAGGGUAGUGGAUGGAAUUCGAAGGUUUUUGCUCAAUACUUGAUUGUGAUAAUUGUUUUGAUCUUAACUACCGUUGCCAUAAUUUGUAUGAACUCCCCAAACCUUUCACCUGCUAGAGAAGCCAUACGGGGUUUUAUGAAUCUUGACUACUGUAGCGUCUUCAGAAGGACUGUUGGUUUUGACUUUUCAAACGUGGGAAAAUUGGGUAAGAGAGAGGUUGAUGCUGAUGUUGAUGUUGAUGUCAAUCAUGAUGAUAUAUGGAAAAAAGAUGUUGGUGAUGAUGAUAACAUGCACUCCAACCAGUUGGAAGCAUACAUGAUUGAAGAAAUGGAAGAGAUACAACAAAACUGUAUGAUUGAUGAAUAUCAUGAUGAAAAAAUAUGGAGCAACAACGACACUGGGCAGUUUCAAGAUUCCAAUGAAAAGAAAGAGGAUAUUUCUUAUGAAGUAACAAGUGAAGAAAUUUACAGUGAUUUUGAUCGAGGUGAAACGAGUGAAGAAUUAGAAGCUUUAGAAAUGAUGGUAGAGGAGGAUGUUCGAAAAGAAGAUGGUAACAGUAACAACAAUGGCGUGGAUGAAAAUAUUUUGAUCAAAUUGUCAAGAUUUGAUCUUUAUUUUGCAGCUUUCAUUGGGGUUUGUGUACUCAUUCUUCUGGCAACUUUGAGUAUCAUAUACUAUUCAAAGAAGUCGGAAAUUUCGUCUUUUGUAAAGUACAAGACAACGCAUGUUGGAUCUUUAAUCGACUCUGAUGCAGUUUCUUCCAGUGAGGCAAAAUCCUCUUACAUGGAAUUCUCUACCGAUUCACCUUCUUAUGGAAGCUUUACAGUUGAGAAGAAGAUUGUGAAGAAAAAGAAAAGCAAAAAACCGGAGGUGAUGCUGUCCCCGGUGAGGCGAUCAAGCAGAAUACACAAUCGAUCCAUCACGUCUCCAUGAACCUCCAUUUGUGGAUUUGUUUGUAGCACUAAUUACUCGAAAUGAACAUCAUUUUCUGUUUCAUGUAAAGUCUUGUUUUGCUUCUUUUAUCAUAUGCAUAACAUAAUAGAUGAAAAAAGGAGUUGGUUUAACUGUACUCAUCUAUCUUUAUCUCUUGGAUUGGUGUUAGUUUCAAGUGUAUUUAUAUUUGAUAAUAAAAUAUAACCAAUGCCUCA